CAAAGACGACGCAACCAACACACGCACAUCGCCUCUCGUCCUCGCCACGCUCUGCCUCCUGCUCUCUCUCCCUGCGUGAUGAGCCUGCACUUUGGGCUGGAGAACCCGCGCGGGUCGCAGAACUGCUUCCUCAACUCGGUUGUGCAGAUGCUGUGGCACUUGCAUGGCUUCCGCAAGCGCUUCACUCACCAGGCAGACUCCGAAGACUUUGGUGCACACACGCACCGUCCUCGCAACCGCGAUGGCCGCGGUGGGCACUACGACAAUGACGACGAUGACGACGAUGACGAGGACAGAUGCUUCUUCUGCGCAUUCCGUGACUUCUGGCUGUGCGUGACAGCCCUGGACCACACAGAGGCCAACACGCCGCUGCUGUCCACCGUGGAGCUGCGCCUGCGCCUCGCCAUGCACUACUACGGCAAGGACAAGUUUCAGUACGGCGACACCGCCGACGCCGGUGAGUGCCUGGACGCCAUUCUCGUGCAGCUUCACAAGGGCCUGACCCGCUAUCGCGGCAGCGGCGGCAGCAGCGCCCGCUCCAAGGGGCACAGCACCGCGCUCGGGUACGACGUGCUCCACUUCGAGGCGCUGGAGGCGUGUGCGCCGCCGUGCCUCAUCCACGAGCUUUUCGGCAUCCACGUCGUCGAAUACACCGUGUGCGAUGCCGGCCAUCUGGGCGAGCCCUCGCCCACCAUCCAGGGUGUGCUGUAUGUGCUCGGUGAUGACCUCCUCCGACACCGCCCCCGCAGCGGUGGUGACGCGUGGCCGUCAGACAGCGCCGGCUCCAACAAUGCGCUGCGCUUCGAGCACGCCGUGCGCGAGUCUGCGGACCGUCGCGACGACAUGUGCGAGUGCGGACAGUCGAGGAAGAUGCAGCGGUGCCUCCUCUCGCCCCCGCGCUACCUGUUCAUCGCCACCACGUGGGUUGGGGUGCCGCACGGCGACGCGUUCGAGGACUACCUGCGCAUGAUUCCAGAGCACAUCGUCCCCGGCGCGUGCUUCGAUGACCCGCCCUCAGGCCCAUAUGACCCCGCCAGCAUGUCGACGAGCUUCGACAGCGAUGGCAUCGGCAGACGCAGAGGGUCUCACACUGUGGCCGGCGGUGAUGGCGGUAGAGAGGAGGAGAAAGAAGAAGAAGAAGAAGAAGAAGACAGCAACGCCAACCACGAGAGCAAGCGUGGGCCAUGGCCACGUCACGACAGUGCUGGCAGCGGUGGUGAUGAGCAGGACACGUCAACGCCGCUUGCGCUGUGCUCCAUCGUGUGCUUUGUGAGCGAGCACUACGUGUGCUUUGCGCGCCACCUGCUGACCACGGGCCAGGAGGCGGAGCGGUGGUGGCUGUACGACGACGCGCAUAUCCAGCAGAUUGGCUCGUACGAGGCUGUGCAGGCUGCCAUGGGCCGUAACCACUACCUCCCCGUGCUCCUCGGCUACAGUGCAGCACCACGCGCAGCGCCGCCAACGCGACCACCACCAACGCCCGCGGGCGAGCGCGAGCGACUGAUGAGACAGCACAGCCAACAGCAGACCGCGCACCACAAGCCAUCCGCGUCAACAUCAUCUCUAUCAUCGGCAGCAUCCUCGUCAACCACGGCAGUCACGAGCACGGCGCAUCAGGGCAGUGGCAGUGGCAGUGUUGGUGGAAGUGGGGUGUAUGGCGGGCUUCGCUUGCAGGUGUACCAGCCAACACUCCGCCUCUCGCGGGAGCGGCGGGAGCAGGAGCGACAGCACUUCUUUCGCCAGCAGCAGCAGCAGCAGAAUACGGUGUCGCAGCAAUUGGCGUUCCCGCCACAGCCGCACUAUCACCAGCGCGCAUCACACCAGCACCAGCACCAGCACCAGCACCAGCAACAGGGACGGGAGACAACGACGCUGCCCUCGUACGAGUCGCUGUUUGGUGCCCAGGGAGCGUCUAUUGGCGGCGCACAGAGCGACCACGGCGUACGUUCACAACACAUGCCCGUUUCGUCGUCAGCACACCUUGCAUCACCACGCCACGACCACCACCGUCAGUACAACCAGCAUGCCCCACUGCAACAGUGGCAGCACCAACACCAACACCAACACCAACAAGACCAACAACAACAAUUGCAGCACCAGCACCAGCACCAGCGACAUCAGCAUCCGCCCGCCGGGGUGCACCCGGCCUCUCCUGCGCACGUGUUCACGCCAGCGCACAGCGCACCCCACGCACACCAGCCAGCACAUGCGCCCGCCAUGACCACGUAUCCAUCAGCACAUCAGCAGCGGCUACAGGAACCUGGGCCGGCAGCACCCCUCAACCCGCCACAUCCCCAGUACCACCGCCAACAGCAACAACAACCGCACCGUGAUGUGCACCACCAUCCUCAGGCGGGCCUGCGUGGGGGCAGCCACAGCCACAGCCACAGCCAUUCCGCCAACACUGGCACUGCUGCUGUCGCUACCGGCUCGUACCCAGCGGGUAACAUUGGCGCAACCAACAGCGCCCCUGCCCUCGCGGGUGCAACCCACCGUGCCGGCGGCAUCCUGGCACAAACACCGUCAACGUCGGAGAUGGUGGCACCACAGCGGCGCAGCAGCCAUCCCACACACACGCACACGCACACGCACGCGCACGCUGUUCCUCACACUGCACAGCAGCAAGCAAAGGAGGGGCCAAAAGACGCGGGCCGCCAGGUCUUUCAGGGGCGCGUGUAUCCGCCCACCAACAGCACGUUCUUCACCCCGCUACCCGUCCAGCCACCACAGCUACAGCAGCAGCAGCAGCAGCAGGCUUAUGGAGGGUCAUCGUUAGCACGGGGUGCGCCGCGCACGGCGACAGCGGCAACGGCACCAACGGCGCCCCCGCUUGCGUCGUCAUCAUCGUCGUCGUCGUGGACAGCUGUGCGUGGUGGUGUGAGGAAUGGAAACACCAGCCGUGCAUCGCCUGAAUUGGACCACUACACCACGCCGCACGGCACAACGGUGCGCCUGCCACGGCACCACUGACGGACAGCAAACGAAGCGAAGACAAAGGGGGAGAAGAGGGAAUGCGCAUUGCUUGCACUGCCACUCACAAGGCUUGGAAAUGAAAUGAACGAAGGAAGAAUG